GGGGAGGGCGGGGCGGCGCGGCGGGCACGGUCGUGCUCUCGGGUUGAGGAGCUUGACGCUCUGGGGUUGCCAGGGUGACGGGGAUACAACAUGGCGCGCUGACGAGUUCGGCCGCGGGGAGGGGGGCCCCUGGCGCGUCUGAGGGGGACCCGCGUCCGCACCCCUCCCGCCCCCUCUCAGCCGGGACGAAGCGAGCGGAGGAUGAACAAAUUCAAAACAAUUGGUAAAAUUGGUGAGGGAACAUUUUCUGAUGUUCUGAAGGUACAAAGCCUUAAAGAUGGAAAAUAUUAUGCAUGUAAACAAAUGAAACAACAUUUUGAAAGUAUUGACCAUGUGAACAAUCUGAGAGAAAUACAGGCGUUAAGACGACUGAAUCCACAUCCAAAUAUCCUUACAUUGCACGAAGUGAUUUUUGACAAAAAAGCUGGUGCUGUUGCAUUAAUAUGCGAACUUAUGGACAAGAAUAUUUAUGAACUGAUCAAAGAGAGGAAAAAACCAUUUCCUGAAAAGAGAAUAAUGAGUUAUAUGUACCAAUUAUGCAAGUCUCUUGAUCACAUGCACAGGAAUGGAAUAUUUCACAGAGAUGUGAAACCAGAAAACAUAUUAAUAAAGCAGGACCUUCUCAAGUUGGGGGAUUUUGGGUCCUGUAGGAGUAUACACUCCAAGCAGCCAUAUACAGAAUACAUCUCAACACGCUGGUACAGGGCACCCGAAUGUCUUCUCACAGAUGGCUACUACAAUUACAAAAUGGACAUAUGGAGUGCUGGCUGUGUGUUUUAUGAAAUUGCCAGUUUCCACCCACUCUUUCCUGGAUCUAAUGAACUGGACCAGAUAUCAAAAAUUCAUGAUAUUAUAGGUACUCCUCCUAAGAAGAUUCUUAAUAAGUUCAAGCAGUCAAGAGUGAUGAACUUUGAUUUUCCAAUCAGAAAAGGGAAAGGAAUUUCUCCAUUUAUACCUAGUUUGUCGAAUAAAGGGUUAACACUUAUGUAUGCAAUGAUACAAUAUGAUCCUGAUGAGAGAAUCUGUGCCCGUGAAGCACUACAACACUCUUACUUCAGAGAACUGAGGUUGGCAGAGAAACAAGCUUUGACCACGCGCAGAAAAAUGAGAUUAGUAAACAACCCAUUAGAAAGGGAGACUCUCAGCUUGCAGCGUAUUUCAAAGGAGGAUCAAAGGCAGAACUUUCUUAGGCAAACCCAGGAGAAUCCACUGGGACAGCAUGGACUUCCCUUUGCAGUAGAGUUGCCAAAACUGACAGUUCCUGCAGUAACCAACCUGGCAUCUUAUCCCAAUCCUACAUUUCAGUCAGUUUUUACCUUCCCAGCAACGAACAGACAAGUCCAGGUGUUGCAGCCUAUAACAUAUUUUGGGACACAUCGCAAGUCUGAAAAUCAGAAAGAAUUUAAAUCUCCUGUGAAACAGUACCACUUGCCUGCUCUGGAAAGAAGAGGUGGAGGAUAUUGAUGGACCCAAUAAUCCCUUGUGUUCUCCAUAUUCUUUAAAAGGUAUACCUACGGCAGUAGUGCCUUAUCUCCUCACAUGCUGCAGCAAGAUGCUACAAUGAUUUAGUCCUUUGGAACUUAAGCUCCUCCCCUCCUUUUUUUAAAAUAGAGCCCACAAUGUAAGCAACGUUUCCAUAGUUCAGAAUGAAAUGUUUGUUUUUUAAAAAUUCCAAUAUACAAAAUGUUUUUCUUAAGUGAGUUAUA